AAAAAGGGCUCCACCUGUUGAGCAGGAAUAGUGGAAAUUGAUCAUAAGCCUUCCUUAAGAAGGUCACACAGAGAGAGAGAGAGCUUUCCUGAGAGGUUCCUACCUCAUCAAGUAAAUAUGUGUAUAUAAACAGGCCUCUAGUAAUUAACUUCCAUAGUUUCAAUUUUCCAAUAAAAUUCAAGAAGAACACACAGAAAAAAGUUUUGUUUAUAUAGAAUAGAUCAUCACCAGAGAAAUGGAGGAGUUGCGUCAAAUUGCAUUUGCAUAUUACAAGGAUGUACCGGAGCACGUGAAGAUGUGGGUGCAAGAGUUCUUGUCGGAAAUCGACAGGGAUGGGAACGAAAAAGUGAGCCUGCAAGAGUUCUUGGCAUACAUGGGCAUGCAUGAAGAUUCGAAGCAUCUCUGUACCCCAAGUUUCUUCGAUGAGCUAAAGCAGGAAGGCAGGGAAGAGUUAGAGUUCAUAGACUUGCUGGCUCUCUUCUACAUUGUUUCCACUGGAAGGCCAUUCUGCAGUGGCCACUGCAAAAACUUCAUAAAGGGAGGGUAUUUCACUUGCGUCCAAUGCUUUUAUCAUUCCCCAAAAACCUUCGAUCUUUGCGCCGUUUGUUACCUUGACGGCAAGUAUGUCCAUCGCCACAAAAACUUCCUUGAUGACUUCCUAGUGCUAAAAACCAAGAGGGCAGUGGGAGAUAAUUUGAACCAGCAUGGAGAAGCAUCAAGCAUAACUAGUAAGGCAAAGGCACCAGAGUCUGGCACUGGCAGUACACCAGCAGAGACAAUGAAUUCUUCACGUUCUUCUUCCUCUUCUUCAUCAUCAUUAUCUUUUUCUUCUUCUACUACUACUGCUACUACAGCAGAGUCAACAAACGACUCUACUUCUUCUGGUACACUCACACCAAGGACAAGCAGUUCCACUACUACAUCCAAUGCACUGGUUCCCGUGAAUCCAAGGCGUAAUGAUACAAGUGCCGGGAGGAAAGCGUUAAAAGCGAUAGAGAUUCUGCUCGCAGUGGGAAAUAUCUUUGUUACUUCCAGUCAGUGUACCAUUAUGUGAUGAAGACUGAUCCAGCAAAUACAAACUUGAGUCAAGCAGUCAAACUUGUGAAUGGAGAGUGGGGCCAACUAUAUAUCACGCCGAUGGAGUCUUUUAUUAUUAUUUACUUUUUUCUUUCUAUUUUUGGUUUUUAGAAAGUUAAAUGGGAAGAUUGUUUGUGGAUAUUGUUUUUGGUUUUUAGUAUAUAUUUUCCUUGUCUGAAUGAGCUAUGUGACUAAACCAUUUUGUCCUUACUUUUUUAAAUAAAUAAAAUAAGGGGAAGAAUUCCAAACA